CCACAAUCUGGGCUCAAAGUGAGAGGCGCACGUACACUACACUAGGAGAGUCAGAAAAAAGUCAGAAGCGCGCUCCUCGUCGUCAGUAAAUCCUUAAAUCUCUCCAAGAGCAUCCAAGCAUCCAUCCAUCCAUCCACCUUGAAGCCACUCUCCUUGCACGACUCGACUUCCUCCUCCUCCUCCUUAACCGCCAUCUGGAUACCCAUACCGAACGUAGCGGUCGUGCGCCCGGGCUUCGGCGGCAAGGGCUCUAGAAAGCAUGACCUCGAGCUAGACGAAGCGGUGGUGACAAUCAGAUUACUCUCGCUCUCUGUAUCGUACAGGACGAUCAAAAGCAAAGAUGGGAAACGGCCAGUCGAGUCAGACGACUUACCAUCCAUCGGCCGUAGGCUAUUCGCCAGGCGCCCUCGAGCCGGAAGGUGGUCGAUUCGCGACGACGUCGACGCCAUUGCAGAAGCAGCAUGGUCACGCGCCCUCGCAGGGGAGGACAAGCCUCGCGGGCCCAAUGAGAAGCCGGGCCCGUGAUGGGCCUAAAUCUCCCUCAUCGAAAAGAAUUGCAUCCGCGGGCCAGGCAUGGCAACAGCAGCUAGAGACGGAGCCGCAUCAGCAGCCAUCACCGCGAGACGAGUUCGUUCAACCCCGGACCGAGUUCUCGUUUGAGAAUCUGGACAGGAUCGGUACCGACCGGAGAUCUUCCCAGCCCGCCUACGUGCAUGACGCGAGCCCCAUGUAUCUCCAUCACCAGGACCGCGAUCAGCGUCAAGCGGAGACGGCGUCUCCCUCUUCCUCCUCAGCCAUCAGCAGCCUUCGCCGGGAGCAUCGCAUCAGUGCCGAACCAAGGCACGCGAGUAUCGCCGAGGUGCCCGAGGCUGAAUCAGGGGACUCGGCCUUGAUUCGUGGAAAGACGUCUCACGAUACACUGCGCGCUGUUGCAGAGGCUCCCGAGGCUAACGGACACGCCGAUGGCAUCCUGUCCCUUGACGUCUCUGAUCAUGGCCACUCGCCCGAGGUGCUACCGGAACCGCUGGCGCUCGCCCUUAAGACGGGUCUGGGCAAGCACUACCUCGAGCAGGGCAUGACCCCUGCAGAUGCUGCUGCUGCUGUGUCCGCCGCUUAUGCCGACACUGGCUCGCGGAGCCCACAGCCAGAGUCGACGGAAGAGAUGGAUGAUAACUGCUCAGUCGCUGUUACACAUGUCAGCAGAACGACGAACGACAGUAGAGCGACGUACAGAGAACUUCUGCCGGCCUACUGGCGCAUGGAGGAAUCAAGACGCGCGAGCCGUGGCAGCCACGGAUCCAGCCAGGGUCACAGCCUUGGUCUUGGUCUCGGCCUUGGCCAAAGCCAGGGUCAACCUUCACGAGAACAGAGCCCGACACCUCGGGAAAGUCGACGGCACAGCUGGGCAUCGAGCACCGCUGCCGUUGCGGCAGAGCCCAUAAGCAGCUCCACUGAAGAAGUAGCAGCUGCACCAGUUGCGAGGACAUCGCCGGAGGACAAGGGCAAAGGAAAAUGGACGUCGUACUGGGAGGACAGACGAGGUCUGGACAACAGCGAGGAGUCGGUUGAGGAUAGAAACGAGGUCUAUGCGACGCCGAGAGGCAACAUAUCCAACGACGAAUCGCGAUUCUUCUGGGACGAUAGCGACGAGCCAGACGUCUCCGGUCCAGAGGCGACCCAAGCAUCUUCAAGUAGUAAACACGGUCCAGAGCCUGCUUCGCCGAGAACAGUCAGGAGAAAGCCAGUUCCGAGCUUACGUCACUCCUUCGAUGAACAACGGGCCGUCUCCACCCCGACGGCGCCGAGACUUCGCGUAUCGCAAGCUUCGACGCUGAUGCCCUCCGAUGGCUUCAACUCAAAGAGGAGCAGUCACAUGAGCGGUGGCAGCAACACGACCGAAGCACUCAUCAACCACGUCGAACGUCUCAGGGCCGGGCCCACCUACCAGAUUGAUCCAAGCGCGUCGAGCCUGUUGUCGAGUCAGUCGCAGACUCCAUCGGCUUCUGCAGAGAUUGCAGAUGCUGGCCCUUCCUCCUCAGAGCCCUCGGUCGUGCUUGCUGGCAAGCGUCCGCGAGCUAUGAGCCUGUUAGCCCUCAUCAAAGGAAGAGUGCGAAAAAACUCUGAUGCCACCUCGACACUGUCGCCCUCGCCGAGCAAGACAGACUUUUCUGCCGCCACAUCGCCAGCUACGCCCGCAAGAGACAUUCUUGCUCACUCCAAUCGCGGUGUGUCACCGUCUAGAGGUCUGUAUGGGCAAGUCAGGCGCCCCAGCGACAGCGUCCUGCCCGUACGGUCAUCUCCCUCGCCCCGUCUCCUUCAGACCUCCCGUGGGGUCGAGGGUGUCUCGUCGAACAGCCCGAUUGGUCGACCUGCGAGCAACUCGAGCCUUCGUUCAAGGAGUCUUCGAAGCGCACGAAGCAGCCGCAGCAGGAGAAGUGCCUCGACGACGAGCUUACGAGCUCAAGCCGCCCAACAUGCUACCACCCGCAAGUCCCCAUCACAAGCCAUCUCUGAUGCGCAGAAGAGUCCCAAGGGCAGCGCCAUUCCGGUGGCUGCAGCUUCCAAUUGGUGGAAGCCGAGCGGAGGAUGGGCGCGCAGGGGAAGCAGCGCUGUCGGUGACGAGUCCGGCUGGAUUGACGAAAACGAGGAGCAGGUGUCGAAUACGGAUGCCGGCUCUCUCGCUCGACGGGGAUCGGAGGACAAGAAGCAGAAGAAGGCCAAGAAGACUAACCAUGGUCCCUGGACAAGAAACAAAGCUACCGCUGUCCCCACAAAUGGCAGUCACUUCGAGGAGCGCGAAUCCCCAUCGACCAGCGCUGUCGCAGCUGCCGACACAGAAGAGGCAAUUGGCGCAUCGAUGGCCAGCUUCAAUACCAGCGACUCGACCGGUGUCGGUGUCAAUGACAACUUCUCUUCGCUGGCCCGACCCCCUCAUCCUGCGCCGGUACCACCGAGACGACCACGCAAGCAGAGGCGCGCCAACUCAUCGAGUACUGACGAGUCGGCUUCGCCCACCUUGCCAACAAUGCCUGGAAAGGCCAAUGUCGCCGGAGAAUCUUCAGAGACGAUGGGCGUGAAAUCUGGUCGUGUAUCGCUCUCGCCCUUCGGCCCUCUAGAUGACGAGAUGCCAUCCAUACAAGGUCAAUCUUAUUCGCCCCUGCAAGACGGAGAGAUGCCCGGCCCGGAACAUGCGGGCUUGGCCGCAUUCGUUCCCGCUGUCUCCCCCACCUCAUCGUCGCCUUCACCGAGAGUGAGCGAUAGCCUCGACCUCAGUAGAGUGAACUCGGAAGCCGGCACAAAGGAGAUUCUUCUCUCUGAAUCAGACGUCGAAAGCGAGGCGAAGCAGACUGUCGCCGAGCAGGAGGUGCAGCGCGAGGCAGACGCGAGCAACCAAGUCUUUUGGGUUCCUGGCGUCGUAAGGCGGCCUCGUCCCCUUCCUCCCCUCAGCCUUUCGCCAGUCAAAGAAUUGAGGUCACAGGAGAGCCCGACUCCGGUCAUCCUAGAGCAUCAAGGAUCUGGACAUCGGCGAACCGCUUCGCAAACGCAUUCGCGAUCUAGUAGCUCCGGCCUCCCAACGCCCACGAGUGAGAGCCAUCGUCGGCCGCUGCCGGCCCCGCCGGCCAUUGCCGAACCUCGAACGGACACGAAUGCGGCAGAGCGAGCGACGAGCACAUCUGCGUCGCCGGCUAUGGCGGCAGCCAGGGCUCAAUUGGAUGGCAAGCGGAGCGUCAAGUCACUGCAGAAGCAUCCCGGACACGACGACGAUGGAACAAUGGGGAACUCUCAAGCUGGUUCCAUGUCUAGUCAGUCAUCCUCUAUUGGAAGGCCACGCUUUGAAACCGCCUCUGGUCAUCCUCUGCCUCGACCAUUGCCACCAACGCCGCAAGCGACAGCGACGAGGCCAUUGCGCUCGACUUCGAUGCCUUCUCAAGCAGAUGCGCACUUUGCCUCGAAGUAUGCCUAUCCUGCUCCAUCCAGCGACCAGCGACUCCCUUCAGACGUCGCACUGGCCUCGCCGACGGACGCUGGAGCAAUGUCGCCACAAGAAAGCCCGAUGGUGACCACGCCCAAGGCUGCUGUCCGAGAGAGCUGGAUGUCGACUGACGGACCAUGGUCCGCCGAAGUGGUGGCUGCGAACGGGAGGAGCGCAGCGCCAAAAGGCCUUGCGUCUGCUCAGAAGAUGGCCACGCUCAGCGGCCACAGGACGCUUCGGCGCGUCAUGGCGCAAGAUCUCUCGUUUGUGGAACCCAAUGGCCGCCCCAGGUCUUCCUCUGCACCCAUCCAUCCAAAGGAAGCUGCUGGACAGAAGGUGCCUCUGUCUACAAAUGAAACGCCAGCCGCACAGCAGCUCGAGUCCAUCGCAGGCUCAGACCCGGUUCCCUUUGCCGAGACAGCCGUACAGGCGAGCCUGGCGGCCUUGGCGGCCAUGGAACGAUCGUCAGAAGGUACGAAUUGGCGGUCGAGAUGGGCACAUGAGAGGCUCUUUGGCGCAUCACGGCUUGAGCCUCCUUCUAUUCGUACUCAUGGGCAUGAGUCGUCGAUGGAGCCGAGCAUCAGCGAGCUCUCCGACCUUUCCAACUCGCGAUCCAGGAGGAGGGCCGCGCCCUACUCGACGAGGCGAGAAGCGAGAAAGUCUGGCGAGUCAGUCUCAAGCCAGGAAUCGAGGAGCGAGCGGCAUCGGAGGCGCAACUCCAAGCACCGUCGCAGGCAGCGCGAGCAUGGCCACGACCAAGAGGCGUCGGGCUUGGCCACCAUCAACAAUUCAUCGAGCGCUUCGGUCGUCGACGAAGGAUAUUCGUCUUCUGCGUCCGAUUACACCAGCCAGCUCCGCAGAUCUGACCCGAAGAGGCGCCAGCAGUACAGCUGGUCGACUGCGCACUCGUCACGGAGCCAAAAUGCACACUCACAGAGGCGCCUGGAAGAGGCUCAGCGACGGCAGAAAGCGUGGGACGACCUCGCGGGCGUGACUGGCCGCAAGGGGGAUCUGGAAACCCCGACCAACUCUAACGUGCCGCCAGCCCUGAAAAGGCCCCCCAUCCCUUCAUUCGAGGUCUCCCCACCUGUCGGGCAGCAGGCUGAGAAGCCUUCGCCUCCGAAGCCGUCGGCGAGUGACUGGGAUGAGAUGGUGGUCCCUGCGCUUCAGAAGCGUCUCGAGUUGGAAGCAGCUGAGGAGGCACGAUUCCGGCUGUCGGUCGAAGGCCAAGCGAGGGCAAGCUCUGAGCUCUUGGUAGCCAGUCCAACGACGCCGACGAGCCCAGGCGUUCCCAUUUCGCCUACCGCCAGCCCCGCAAGGCUGGUUAGUCCGACUGCAUUGAAGUCGCAAGAAGACUCUUCCUCUGUUCGCGGCAAGACGGUCGAUACUGCUUUGUCGAGGAGUGAGCAUGGGCAUCGCACGAGGACGCCACACUCGACGCGAAGUCAGCGAGGUCGCCUGCCAAAGGAUGACUUCCAAGGUGGCGAUUCUAGCUUGAUGGCCGUUCCUUCUGUCGGUGGUGAAUCGAGCGCACUGCGAAAGUCUAGCCAAGCUCGAUCGAAGAAGAGUCACCAAUCAUCGUCCAAAAAGAGCCGGAGGCACCACGGCGCCUCUUCAUCAACGAGCAGCAGGCUCAAGCAGGGGUAUGGUCGAGACGACAUCCAGGCCUGGCAGGCCAGUCUGGGCAUGGCUCUCUCGAGUGGCGCCCUUGAAUAGUGUUUUUUUUUUUUAAUUAUUGUCAUGCUACCCAUGCACUGCUAGAUUUGCUUCUGGUCACCCUUAACAUCUUUCUUGAAUC